CUCGACCAACUAUGUAGGCGUCCAGGGGCUCCUAACCCUACAAUCCGUGGCAACCACCGUCGGUUUAGUCCAGAGACAACUGCUACUUGUAAUUCAGGGUAGAUCUACGGACGUAUUUUUCUAUCGGGACGAUUUUUGGCUAGGAAAAGUAGCGCGCUGUUCUCUCUAACCUAGAAAACGUACCCCCUUUUGAAAAUCGCCGAGCCCCUCAGAUCUGUUUUUGUGAUUCGCCUUUGGCACGUUACUCACGUUACAAAUCGCGUUUCUCCACUGUGACUUGUUCGAAAAGUACCAGCAUAACUCGCCAAACAAUCUCAACCUAACUUUGACAUUACACUCUGCAUAGCUGAAGGUUCCGCGUGUCACUAGGCGCUAGGCGAAGUUGGUGACACGUUUGAAUCAAGGCAAUGGGCGAUUUUGGUGGCACGCUGCGUCAGAUCACGAUCGCGGGGGCGAGCACUGGAGGGGGUAGUAGUUAUGGGUUGCGAGGGGCCCUCCAGCAGGUGACGCUGCCCGAUGGGCAGCAGAGCUUUGCGUUGGGCUCACACAUCCACCGAGGAACGGCUGAGGAGGGAGGGGGGGAGGAGGAGAUGGGAGAGCACGGGGUUUCAAGGCAGGCGGGAGAUGAUGACGAAGAGUACCACAUCAGUGGGGAGGAGUUGUCCGAGGAGUCCGGCGACGGCCGGCCAAAACAGCGUAGGAAAGGGAGGGGGCAAGGCAGGAACAGGGCAGGGGCAAAAGAAACACGCGAGAAAGGCGGCAAAGGCACGCACCACGCGUUUGGCGGACGACAAGUCCUGGCCCGGCGAAGUGAGGGGUAUGUUUGGGGCUUUGGACAAGGUCAACGAACAGCGCGAGUGUCGAGCGUGCCGCAAGUUCAUUGGGUGGGCUGAUGGCAGCACGAAUGCCGGGAAGCGGCACAUGGAGCGUUGGCACAUGCCGCAUUAUCAGAUUUGGAAGCGGCUGUACAUGGUGGAAAACAGGGCGCCUGAUCUCGAGUUUCCCUGAGAUGGUUAUCCGGGUGUGCCUCACAGCGGGGAGGAGUGGCCGCGGGCCGCAUACUGGCCGGGGUACCCACCUGGAGAGGAGGCGCCACAGGGGGAGACGGUGGAGGGGGGGCAGCAGGACAUGCGCCAGUUCUACACUGCCCGAGUCUCUCCCGCCCGUCUGCAUGCAGCCCUUGUUGAGCUUUUUGCCGACGCUGACUUGGCGUACCGCCUAGUGGAUCGGCCAGCGUUCCAUCGUUACACGGCGCUGCUGAAUGCCCAGGCGGAGGCCAUGCUCCCCUCGUGGUGGACGCUGGCGCGUGACAUGGGUGCGACGGGUGAUGCUGUCCGUGAGCUGCAGAAGCAGAUUGUGUUGGGGGAUGGGUUGGCGGGGAAGAUGUUGUUCACCACUGACAUCUGGACGAGUGUGGCCAGCCAGGCGUUCAUGGUGCUGACUGGCCACUGGAUCACCAGUGACUUCCAACUGCGGCAGGUGGUGAUGGAGUUCGAGCAGCUGCACGGCUCGCACACUGGGCUUCUGAUAGCAGAGACAUUUGAGCGGGUCUUGACCUAGUGGGGCCUCGUACCCCACCUGUUCGGCGUCACCACCGAUAAUGCUGAGAAUAAUGCCAAGGCCAUGUGGCUCCUCAUGGGCGAGGACCCCGGCCUUGGUCGCGACCCCAUCCUCAAGGAGGAUCGGCACUUCCGGCAAGUGGUUGCACACAUGCGUCUUUCUUGUCAGAUGCCUUGGCCACGUCGGGAACAUCUCAGUUCACGCGGCCACUGCCAUCCCCGAGGUCUCCGAGCCCCUGCGCAAGAUGCGGGACAUUGCAAGCUUCAUCGGCAUGUCCACCCAGCGCACCGAGAGGUUCGAGGAUGAGUAGCGGUGGGCGGGUGGUGAUGGGGUACUCUAUCUUGUGUCGGACACGCCGAGAAGGUGGAGCUUAACUUACGAGUUGGUGGUGCGCGCCAUCAAGCUGGAGCCGGCGCUUGCUCUCCAUUUCGCGCGCGCCGAGGGCUAGCGUGCGCGAGAAAGUCCAGAGCCUUCAGCCCACCGAUGCUGAUUGGGAGAUUCUGACAGAGUUACGUGAUUUCCUCCACCCAUUCGCUCGCGUCACCACCGCGGCUGGAUCCCCACCGCCUUGCCAGCUUUGAAGAAGUACCACUACACCACGAGCAAGGAGUUGUUCAUUGCUACCUUCCUGGAUCCCCGCUUUAAGCAUCUCUAUUUCAGGAUCAAGAGGUGGGAGGCGAACAACCCACAGCUGGCCACAGAGUUGGGGGGGAAGGCAAGAGCGGUCCUAGACAUCGACAAGGCAGCGGUGCUGAAGCUAGUGCGCGAGAGGCUUAGCGGGUAUCAGCAGGAGUUGAGGUCUCGCGAUACCAGCACGGGGACAAGCCGACGCGCACCAGUUGGGGCGGGGGUAGAGGUGGAGGGGGGGACUGGACCAGCUGCGGGGGGGGAUGACGGCCUAGAUGAUGGACUGUUCAGUACACUGGAUGAGCUGGAGGCGGAGGCGGGGUCGCAGCAGCUGGACGAGGUGGACACAUACAUUAGGGCGGCGAAGGAGCCGCGGGACUCCUGCCCGCUAGCCUAUUGGCGUGACAGGCACUACCUCCCCGGGUUGAGGGCGAUGGCUCGGGACUACCUAGCUAUCCCGGCCUCGUCUGCAGCAAGUGAGCGAGCUUUCAGCCAGAGUCGGAAUAUAUCAUUACUUGGCAGAGUCAUCGACUGACAGGUCCUCACGUGCGUGCGACCAUGACUAUCAAGUCAUGGCUUUCGCAGAACACGGGGGUGCCGCCCUUGGAUGCCAAGAAUCUGAAGGCAACUGGAGGAGUGUGCCUUGAGGGGGAUGAUGAGGGGCUUUGAGUGGGAUUGGGGGUGGUGCUGCAGGUUGGGAUUGGAUUAAACAUUAUUACGUCUCUCCAAGGACCUGGCAAUGAGCCAAUGGGCCCUCUUUGGGACUUUAUUUAUUAGGCUUGAUAACGUGCAUACAUGACUGCCUAAUUCUGCAUUUUCCAUAGCAUGAGGGCCUGCAGCAGCCGACAGCCCAAAAACCACAAGUUCGUGGCCUUGUGUGCCACCUUCCAUGUGUAGCUGCAUUUCCUGCGCAUUUAGGGGACUAUGAGACACGUUACAAGGGGCCACAACCACCUUAGAAAUCUGCCAGAACAAUGCACGACAUCCCCCCAUCAAAACCCCACCCGAAACAGUCAAAAAGGGGUCCCGGGCCGGCUGGCCCUGUUUAGGCCCGUUUUUAUACUGGGCCGGACCGGUUCGGCCACCGGGCCAAGGUCGGCCCGGGUCUAGAGACCCGGGCCGGGCCAACAAAUCCAGGAAUCCGGCCCCGUUAUGGGCCGGCCCGGCCCGGCUCGAUUUCUAC